CUUAUAUACUCGUUGACGGGUAUAAUAUUUUUAAAAAUAUUAUAGAAUGGAUUUCAAUAAUAUUUGCAGGACAUGCUUAUCACGAAAUAAUCUAAAUCCUAUAUUUACAAAUGUAAUAAACAAUGUAAUUAAUUUAGAUAUAAUAUACGUAGCUACUGGUGUAAUGAUUAAAUUAAACGAUGGGCUUCCUCAAAACAUAUGUUCAUAUUGUAUUAAAACCGUUCAACAUAUAUUAGAAUUCAGAAAGAAAUGCAAAGAGGCUGAAACUGAGCUGAUAUCAAUUAAAAAAGACGACAAAAAUUCUCAUACAAGUGAUUUUGACAUACAAACAAAACACAAUGACAUACAAAGUACAACAUUGAAAGAUUUCCACAAUAAAAAUCAUAACAUAAAAGUAAAGACUGAAAAUCAGAUAGAAAUCAAAAUCAAAUUAGAAGCAGAUGUCAACGAUGAUGACGACAAACCAUUGAUAUUUCUAAAAGAAAAUCCACACAAAUCGAACCAAAUCAGAGUCACGAAUGUAUUGUUUGAUAUUAACGACAACGGUUCUAGAAUUACAUGCAAGUUGUGUCAAAAAAACUUGUCUAAGCGUAGUUUCAACAUGCACAUGGCGAGACGCCAUCCCGGUGCAGACGACACUAGAAUGAAAUGUGAAUUGUGCGAUGAUUACAUUUUGAAAGACAAUUUGAACCGUCAUUUAGCAACUAUACACGGUACUGAUAGUUUUGUGUGCAGAUAUUGUAAAAAGGAGCAUAAAAAUAAGGAGUCACUCGCUGAGCAUGUUACAAACUGUACAGUCAAGAAGAGAAGAAGAAGUUGCAAGUCAAGUCGUGAAGUAACGGAGUGUGAUGUAUGUAAUAAAAAGAUGCAAAAGGCAAGCCUUAGAAUGCACAAAGCGAUCAAACACGCCGGCUUGGGGCCCGUUUGCGAGUACUGCGGCAAACGCUUCGGUAAUAAGUUUCGUCUGAAUGAACACUAUCGCGCUAAGCACGGCCAUGAGAAGUUUAAGUGCAGCUACUGUGACUUCCAGAGCGCAGCCGUGUUGGCGAUGAGGAAUCACGAGAGGCGCCACCGAGGCGAGAAGCCGUUCGUGUGUGAGGCGUGCGGCGCCAAGUUCCACGCCGCCUACUUGCUCGCCCAGCACAAACACUCGCACCGCACCGAUAAAAUCUUCAAAUGCCCGCAGUGCCCCGCCGCCUUCAAGGCCGGCAACAGCCUGCGCACGCACCGGCGCGCCUGCCACGGCGCGGCGCGCGUGCGCUGUGCGGUGUGCGCACGCGCCUGCCGCAGCCGGCCCGCCGCCGUGCGCCACAUGCGGGCCGUGCACCGCCACCGCGGGCCCGUGCCGCCGCUGCCGUACAUCGACACAUAACACGGCCUGCCGCAGCUGCUGUAUAUCGACACA